AUGAAAACCGAAACAGCCAUGGCAGAAGAAACCAAAGAACUCGAAGACAAAACUUUCGAAGAUCUAGGGUUAGACUCACGCCUCAUUCGCGCCUUAUUGAAGAAAAAAAUCGCGAAGCCUACUCCAAUUCAAGAGCACGCGAUUCCACAUAUUCUGGAAGGUAAAGACGUCGUUGCUCGAGCCAAAACAGGUUCCGGGAAAACCCUUGCGUACCUUCUCCCUUUGCUUCAGAAGCUCUUUACUAGUAACGUUGAUAGGAAGAAGCUAGCACCUAAUGUUAUUAUUCUCGUCCCAACUACUGAGCUCUGUCAACAGAUAUGUGUGGAGGUUAAGUCACUCCUUGAGUUAUGCAAAGUUCAGCUGAAAGUUGUGCAGUUGAAUGGCAAAAUGCUUGCUACUGACUUGCAAGCAGCACUGGUUGGACCUCCUGAUGUUUUGAUUUCCACUCCUGCUUGCAUAGCUAAGUGUUUGUCCAACUCAAUACUUCUGCCAGCAUCCAUUAAUGACUCCCUUGAAACUCUAGUUCUUGAUGAGGCAGAUCUUCUAUUAUCAUAUGGGUAUGAAAAUGACAUAAAAGCUUUAACACCUCACAUACCCAGAAGUUGCCAGUGUCUUCUUAUGUCUGCAACAUUAAGUGCCGAUGUUGACAAACUAAAAAAUUUGAUUUUACACAACGCUAUAGUAUUGACUUUGGCCGAAAAGGAAAACCAUAAGGAUGAGGUCAUCCCUAAAAAUGUUCAGCAGUUCUGGAUCUCUUGUCCUGCUAAUGAUAAGUUGCUCUACAUCCUUGCUAUGUUGAAGUUGGAGUUAGUCCAAAAGAAAGUUUUGAUAUUCACUAAUAACAUAGAUACAAGUUUCAGAUUGAGACUUUUCUUGGAAAAGUUUGGGAUCAAGUCUGCUGUUUUAAAUGCUGAAUUGCCUCAAAAUUCCCGUCUACAUAUUCUCGAGGAAUUCAAUGCGGGCCUAUUUGAUUAUCUAAUUGCAGCAGAUAUCAGCCAGUCAACUGAGAAGGAUGAAGCACCCAAGGAAAAUGUUGUUGGAUCGCGAAAGUCUAGAAAACAUGCAAAGCUAAAAUUAGAUUCUGAAUUUGGAGUAGUAAGGGGAAUUGACUUUAAAAAUGUAUACACGGUUAUAAACUUUGAAAUGCCUCGCAGUGUGGCAGGAUACGUACAUCGAAUUGGACGUACUGGAAGAGCAUACAGUUCCGGUGCUUCUAUUACCUUGGUUUCUUCAGAUGAGAUGGAUACCUUUGAAGAAGUAAGAUCUUUUGUUGGGGACGAUGAAAACAACGUCGGCUCACCCUUGAUUGCCGAGUUUCCCUUACUCACCAAGAAUGCUGUAGAAUCUUUACGGUACAGGGCUGAGGAUGUUGCAAAGAGUGUUACUAAAAUUGCUGUUCGGGAAUCACGAGCCCAGGAUUUGAGAAAUGAGAUUUUGAACUCUGAAAAGUUGAAGUCCCACUUUGAAACUAAUCCAAGAGACUUAGCUCUAUUGAAACAUGACAAAGUUUUGAGCAAGAACGCCCCUCCUCCACAUCUUAGAGAUGUCCCAGACUACCUAAUAGACAAAACAACAAAAGAGGCAAGGGAAAUAGUUAAGCUUACAAGAGAUGCAAUGGGAAAUAAUAAUCGCCGACGGGGUUCCAAGAGAAAAUCAAGAAAAGGCGGUGACCCUCUGAUGGCCAUCUCUACUGGGGUAUCAAAAAGACCACACAAAGGUUUUAAAAAGGAAGGCGCAAGCAAUGGCAAAAACAGUGAUAGACAAAAACACAAAAAGGCAAAGGCAUUUUGA